GUAGUCGCUGCUGCCUGAUAAGGUUCACAGGCGCAUCCAUUGAGUCGUCAGUUGGCUGAAAAGCGCGCAAGGCGAAGCAUCGCGCCGUAAACGAGAAGCGGAAAACGGAAAACGUUAACAACACAAAUUCGUCAACCGUCUUUGUCUAUAUCUAUACUCGAAAACAAGAAAACACACAACUACACCAAAAAUAAGAACUAAACAAGGAAGGAGAACCAACAAGACCUCUGCAACAUGGAUGUUCUAAUGCACGAUGCGAUACAUUGGUAUCGAGACCUCAUGGACAACAAAAGCGAUCCGCGUGUCAAAGACAUGUUUCUGGCCUCGUCGCCGCUGCCCACACUUGGAAUGUGCCUCUUCUAUGCGUACUUCAGCAAAUCCCUCGGCCCCCGACUGAUGGCCAAUCGCAAGGCGAUGGAUCUGCGCAAGGUGCUAGUCUACUACAACGCCAUACAGACCAUAUUCAGUGCGUGGAUUUUCUAUGAGUACUUAAUGAGCGGCUGGUGGGGCAACUAUAGCUUCGCUUGCCAACCCGUCGACUAUAGCAACAGUCCAAUGGCAAUGCGCAUGGUGAACAUUUGCUGGUGGUACUACAUAUCCAAAUUCACAGAGUUCUUUGACACGCUCUUCUUCAUUCUGCGCAAGAAGAAUGAGCACGUAUCGACGCUGCACGUCAUUCAUCACGGUUGCAUGCCCUUCUCGGUUUGGAUGGGUCUUAAGUUUGCACCAGGCGGCCACAGCACGUUCUUUGCCCUGCUCAACUCGUUCGUACAUAUUGUAAUGUACUUUUACUACAUGAUUGCUGCCAUGGGACCCAAGUAUCAGAAAUUCAUUUGGUGGAAGAAGUAUCUGACCACCUUCCAAAUGUUACAAUUCGUGGCCAUCUUCACGCAUCAGUUCCAGUUGCUGUUCCGCGAAUGCGAUUAUCCCAAGGGAUUCAUGGUGUGGAUUGGACUGCAUGGCGUGAUGUUCCUUUUCCUGUUCUCCGAUUUUUACAAAGCUAAAUACGUGAAUGCCCAGCGACGACGUCGCGAAGCGGUCAAGGCCAAUGGACAUGCCAAUGGCUCAGCUAUUCCAGCUGCCAAUGGCAAGGUCAACAACAAGCAUUUCGAUGGCGAUGGCGAUGCACAGACAGCCAAUGGCAACAGCAAUAAGGGAGCGUGCAUGCCCGUCUUGGAGGAUGAGUAUGCGGUGAAGAGCAAUGGGAACGGACAUGGGAAUGUCUAUGGGGAUGGCUACUUCAAGGAGGGCGUUCUGUCCAGCAACGAUGCCAUCUUGAACCCGGACAGCAGUAGCUCUAGUCUGCAUCAGCGCAAAGUCAAAUAACUACUACUAAGGACAACUACGAUGAUAUUCAUUAUGUUAACUUUAAGUGUUUAGCAUGUAACCCGCGUAUGAACCAGAAGAUCAGAACAGAAAACGAAAAGAGAACAGAACCGAACCGAAGCAGAAGCAGAAACAGAAGAGCAGAGAAGGCAGCACAAUAAUUAUUAAUAUAAUUUAUAAUAGAAUGAUAUAUAUAUAUCGUUAUAUAUAUAUGUGGACAUGGCAUGCCGAAUUGUUAGUGGAACUAUUUAGAGCAAGAAAGCAGAACAGAACCAGGGGAACCUCAAGUCCCUCUCCUCCACCACCAUCAACAACAACAACAUCACCACAGCACAACAGCAGCCGUCGAGUUUAGAGUUAAGAACAGAACCAGAACCAUAGCAACACAAGUGCUGCAUAUAAAUUUUUUAUAUAUAUAUAUUCUCUAUUAUAUUAUCUCUAUCUCGAUCCCUUGAUCCCCCCGAAGAACAACCUCAAGAAACCUCCAAAAUCACAAGCAUAUUUUUUGUAAUCGUAUUUUGUAGGCUCAAAAUAAGUAUUUCUCAACUUUUUGAUUCACACACACGCCUGUAUACACACCCACACACACACACUUACACAUUAACUAGGUGUAAUCUUUUAUAUGGCAAUUUUUGGAUAACUAACGGAGACGUGUCAACCUAACGAUAAAGAUAAAUGAUAACAUAAACAAACACAAAAACAAAAUGGAAAACAAAAACAAACAUGCUCUUAAGCCUGCUUUAAACUUAAAACGUUAAACUAUUUGUAGCUUGUUUUUGUAUAUUUGAGAAAGAGAGAGAACUAGGAAAGAAAGUGAAGAAGUGAGAAGUGAUGAAGAUUUGGAGAUCGCAGAUCGGAGUUGAAAUACUUGUAUGUUUGUUGCAAUAUUUUGUAAAAGUCUAAUAGUUAAAAACCUAUAUGUAAAUGUCUAGUGCGAUGUUGUAGUUAGCUAGCCAAUCAAACAAAAACAAACAAAAACAAUACUAAGCAACAAAACAUUAGACUUGUAAGUGCAACCAACCAGCUGAAGGAGCAGACAAUCAAUCAGUUCGAGGAGGAGCAACACACAAAAAAAAAAAAAACAAUAACAAAUUUAUCGAAAUUUCGUUCACACGGUGUGGCUUUUGUGCGUAGUUUUCUUUUUUUAUUUGUUAUCUACUUAUCUAUCUAUCGUAUGUAUGUAUUUUUUUUUUAAUAAUGUAUUUUGGGUUCGUAAAUGUUGAAUAAUUUUUAUGUGAAAUGAGAAAAAGGAUUUAAGAGUUAAUUGUACUACUGUCUGUUAAUCUGUGCAUUGGUUUCUUUGUUAAGUUGUGGUUUAAGCUGACAAGUUCAAAACAAACAUGAGUAAGAAAAAGCUUAUUAAUUUAUAUUAAAGAAAUAUUAUGAAAACAACAAA